UUAUUUCACAAAAUAAAGUCCACAUAAAUACACCACUUCCCAGUUCCCAGAACCUCCCUCCUCCAGUCUAUACCUCAAACUCAUUAUUUUCUCUUCUUUCCUCCACAAUUUCCCAAAAACUAGAAAAGAAAAAAUGGAAGUCCAUCAAACAUCCGAAAUCCUCCAUGACUUCUCCCCUCGUCUUCGCGUCUACAAAGAUGGCCGAAUCGAACGCCUCCUCAAAACCGACUCCGUUCCACCGUCUUUCGACCCCAAAACACUCGUCCACUCCAAAGACGUUACGAUCUCACCGGGCCUAUCCGCCCGUAUUUUUCGGCCCGACAAAUUCCCCACAACCCAAACAAACAAACUCCCCAUCCUCAUCUACAUCCACGGUGGCGCUUUCUGCCUCUACUCAGCUUACUCCUCCAUCUACCACAACUAUAUCAACUCACUUGUCUCCGAAUCUGGCUGCAUCGCCAUCUCCAUCAAUUAUCGUCUCGCACCCGAACACCCGAUGCCCUUGUGCUACGAUGAUUCAUUGGCAGCUACUCAGUGGGUGUUAUCGCAUUCAUCCGAGUCUGGUCCCGAGCCGUGGCUCAACCAAUGGGCUGAUUUUGACCGGGUGUUCCUCGCUGGGGACAGUGCCGGGGCCAACAUCGCCCAUGAUAUCGUCACUCGUUCUGAUAAACUUCAUUGGACCAAACACAAGUCUGCAUCAGAGGAGAGUCUGACCACAUAUAAGCUGACUGCUGGUGUGCAAUUUGCAGGGGUCAUGUUAGUCCACCCUUUUUUCGGAGAUGAUGAGCCUAAUGGGCUCUGGGAUUAUCUUUACCCGGGUACGACGGGGGUUUUGGACCCGAGGUUGAAUCCGUCCGCUGAUCCUGCUCGAUUGAGGAGAGAGAUUGGUGGGUGUAAAAGGGUGUUGGUAUGUGUGGGUGGGAAGGAUUUUUUGAGAGAGAGAGGGGUGAAGUAUUAUGAGAUACUGAGAGAAGGUCAAGAAAAUGGGGAGUGGGAAGGGGAGUUGGAGUUCAUGGAAAGUAAAGGAAGAGGUCAUGUUUUUCAUUUGUAUAAGCCUCAGUGUGAUGAAGCUAAAGAUCUUCUCAAAAGGGUUGCUGAUUUUAUCAAUAAAUCUGGGUUGGAUGAUCUUCAAACUUGUUGAUGGGUGGAAAAUGAUGUUAAUUAGUGGAAGAUAAUAAGAAAUAUUAGCCUUGGAUUUUAGAUUUUUGAUUAUGGAAUUGUUUGUAUUCAAACAUCUGUAAUUUGUUGCUGUUGUUAAUUAUUCUUGGCUAAUGUGUGCUAAAUUGCGAGUUUUGGGUUGUUUAUA